UUGGGCCCCGUGAGUGCCUGGGCAGACCGGUUCCUGAGCACUKGUGUCCUGGUGCUCGCAGUUUUUGGCGGUCAGCAUCCUUGCAAGUUGGCACUUGGCAGAAUGGACAAGGCCUGUGUCCUGAAACACAAAGUGCUGGAGAGCCCGCUGGGGAAGAUGGAGCUGUCUGGCUGUGACCAGGGCCUGCACCGGAUAAGGCUUCUGAGCCCAAAGACCUCCACUGACCCUGCGGAGGCCCCAGCAGCUCCUGAGGUUGUCAGCGGUCCAGAGGGAACAUCGGAGCCCCUGAUGCGAUGCGCAGCCUGGCUUGACGCCUAUUUCCACAAGCCCUCAGCCAUCGAAGGGCUCCCUCUGCCUGCUCUGCACCAUCCCGUGUUCCAGAAAGACUCUUUCACCAGACAGGUGUUGUGGAAGCUGCUGAAGGUUGUGAAAUUCGGAGAAACGGUUUCUUACCAGCAAUUAGCAGCCCUGGCAGGCAACCCCAGAGCAGCCCGCGCCGUGGGAGGAGCCAUGAGAAGCAAUCCUGUCCCCAUCCUCGUCCCAUGUCACAGAGUGGUCUGCAGCGGUGGAGCCCUGGGCAACUACACAGGAGGACGAUCCGUGAAGGAGUGGCUGCUGGCCCACGAGGCUGCCCAGGCAGGGAAGCCAGAUGGCGGGGUGUUGAGUCAAGGCAGGACCUGGCUCGAGGCAGCUGGUGGCACCACUGGCUCCCAGGGUGCUGACCGAAACUGAGUGUGUGUAUUUGAAGUGAACAUUUGAGUGACACAUAAAUGUAAUGGUGCACCCGAAGCAGGAUGC